AUGAACUCGGAGACGCUAUCACGGUGGAGGUCCGUUCGGUUAUUGCUUCCGGCUACCAUCGACACAAUAACGAUGGAUUUAGAUAUGAAAAAGAAGGUAAAUUCCGAUUUCGAGGCUUUUUUGAAAUCCAAACAGUAUUAUAACCGAUUAGGACCAGUUUGGAAGCGGGGCUACCUCUUCUACGGACCAUCUGAUAACGGAUUUUUCACCCAGACAGAUUCCAUAUGGAAUGAAAUUAUAAACAAUUCUUAUAAUCUUAAUAUUGACAUAAUUUUGGUCCUAAUUGACGCUUACAUUGAAGGCAGGCGCUGGGAAAGGCAUCGGCUUGAAUUGGUUAAAGGGCUGGCGGAGGCGGUCAUCGGACUGGAGGGCGAUGGCCGGAGAUGCGAGCGAUUUGGAGGAGUGGAGACGGUUGUCGCUGUAAGGCAAGAGAAGUAG